AUGAAGAUUGGUCAACUGAGUAAGUUGGAAAAACUAGUUAUUGGUCAGAGUGAUUUGUUAGCAAGCUUGCCGAGCUCUCUUGGUGAUUUGUCCUCCUUGACUGAACUUCUCAUUGGCUCGUGUGACAAGCUGGAAUAUUUACCAGACUCUACAGGGCGUCUUGUUCUCUUGGAGAAAUUAACUAUGAUGAAUUUAGGAGUGAAAUCAUUUCCAGUAGCAGUUUGUCAAUUGACUAAUCUUAAAGAACUGUCGAUAACAGAAUGCCCAAUCAGCGCAUUGGAUCUUGGAGCAGGGUCGUUUGGUUAUUCAUUGUGCAACCUUAAGAGGAUAAGUCUAAGAGAAACUGAAUUGUCCAAGAUUUCCAUCUCAGAAGACUAUUUUCCUAGCCUUGAGUAUCUCUUUCUUGAAGAUAAUGACCAUAUAACGGAGAUAAAAGUCCUACCAACUACAGUCAAAGAUAAAAGGGGUAUUGUUGGUCUCGUAAACCUCCGCUUCCUAGUGAUAAUAAAUUGCCACAAGCUGUAUUCGCUUCCCACUUUUGCACAAUUUCCUUCUCUCCAAAACUUUAUUCUUAGUGGCUGCAUCGAGGUUAAGAAAAUACAAGGUUUACAACAUUGCAGGGAACUAGAGGUGUUGAGAGCAGAAACAAGCUGGGAGGAGCCGGGUAUAGAAAGUUUGGAGAGCCCGAAAAGAUUGAGGAAAGUGGUACUCAGAGAAAAUACGAGAGCAAAUGUUGAUGGUUGCAUUCAAAGCAUACAGAAAUGUCCUGUUGAAACUGCACGCGGGCAGUCCAAAAUGCGGCGUCACUUGCAUACCCUAAUAAAGAAAAUAUUUUCCUAA